ACAUCCUACAUGCAAGUGAACCUUGUCACUGAGUACUGCGUCAAGAAAGUCAUCGUUCACAAACGUGCAAACUGCACCAGUGAGCAUCUGACCGGUGCUGUAGUCCGUGGUGGGACCAGCUCUACCAGUCUGAACAAUGGUGUUUGUGGCACUCCCCUGACCGCCCGGCAAGCUGAAGUUCCCAGAUCUACCGUAGACUUCAUCUGUGACCCUCCCAUGACGGCCAAGUUUGUCACUGUAGACAUUCCACUGUUGAGAGUCAGUCAGAAACCGCCAUGUGAAGUGACAAUUGUGCAGGCAACGCCUGGACCUUGCUAGAAUUCAAUCGGCUAACGAUAGUUCAACAGGAGCGCUAUAAUAAUCAUGAUAAUGAUAAUGAUCAAUUGAGAAUAAAUCACAUUGGUUCCUAAUGCAUGUAUUGAAUUUUUCAUUUUUAUUUUCCGAAUUUGUUUUCAUUUGGCAAGCUGAUUAUAAUGUUUAGGUUCAUAACAUUGAGAAUGCCAGCUUAUAUAUACGUUUUAAUAAUUCUUCAAUUGAAGUAAAUUUUUGUUCAAAAUAGAUAUUGCUCUGAGGUCACACAAGCAACGAAAAAUAGUGGAAAAUAUACCUAUUUUGGCUGUUGCAAUAAAUAUGCAGAUUGUCUCAUCAUUAAAUGAAACUGAACAAAAAGAUAGGAGUCCGCGACAGUGACAAUUUAUUGUACCCGACGAAAGGACAACGGACAAAUGCUCUAUUUAGUAAAUGCAGGUAGGACGCCAUAUUAGCAACAUGAUGUGAACAUCAUAAACCGAUUUUAGAAAUGAUGACAAAUUAUUUUUUUGCGAAAGAAAUUGUUUUGGGGGAAGGCUCAAGUCAUCCUAGUUUUCAACUCAUUCGGGUCUUCCAAAGAAUGGGUUUUAGUCGAAUCGAGUCAUUCGCUCUCAGUGACUUGAGUCGACUCGCUGAAAAUAGUGACUGUGUCGAUUCUUUGACUCAUUUCAACUCUGAAGUCUAAAAUUGGAGCGUGUGCCGAUAAGGGACCUAAUUGGUUGAGGGGUUAUUUGGUGGUGGGGCGCACUGUCGAUUUUAACGUUGGUUUGAAUAUCUCACAGCGUGUGUAGUGAACGCUAGAUGUUCUCGGUAAUUCAUAUUUUCCCAUAAUACUCUCUUUCUCUGACUCACAAUAUGAGGAAUAAAUGCCACUUAAGACUACGCAAGGUGUUACAGAGAGGGCCAGAUGAUUUGUGCCCUUUAGCAAGGCGUCUUUUUUUUUACAAUGCACGAAGCUAGCAAGUCGAGAGGGUCUUAACAGAUAGAAGAGUGCUAAUAUCUACCUAUUCGAUUGGUAAAGGGCAAAUAAAAUCAUAUUUUGCAUGUUUUUUGCAUGUGAUUUUCUCUUUAUUCGAUAUUCCAGAAAGUAAUGCUGUUAAGGAUUACGUGUUUACAUUUUCUUUGGUGCAGUGGACAUAUCUUAUUUUUAGUAAAUAAAUAAGUUUAAAAUUAUUGUCACAGA